AUGAACUCCAAGCUUGCCUACAAGCUCAAAAAGAUGAUAAAUAGGUAUUUUGUGGAUGGGUCGACUCUCUACCAGAAGGGGUUUAAUGGUGAACUGCUAAAAUGCUUGGAAGAAUUAGAGGCACGUCAAGCCAUGCAGGAAAUACAUGCUAGAGAGUGCGGAGAGCACCAAGGAAUGAAGAGGCUUCACUGGCAGCUACUAAGUUUUGGAUAUUACUGGCUUACCAUGAAGAAGGAUGCACAUGACUUUGUUAAGAAACGCCACACAUGCCAAAUCCAUGCUAAUUUAAGUUAUAAACCUCCUAUGCUGUUGCAAGAUAUGCGCACUCCUUGGCCUUUUCAUACUUGGGGGCUUGAUCUAAUUGGGACAAUCCAUCCUCCUUCUGACGGCUAUUUAAGGAUCCUUACCGCUACGGAAUAUUUCACAAAAUGGGUCAAAGCAAUCCCCCUCUAG